GUCACUUCCUUUCUGGCUCAAUAUAUACAAAUUGCAGAAGACAACACAAGAAGAGAUUGCAAAUCACACACAAGAGCCUGAACCUGUCAAAAUCCUGAUACCACAUUCAAACUCAACCAACCACAUUAUUCAACUUUCUGCAGUUCAUCUAAAUAUAAAAUGGGUGAAUAUGAUGAUUACUACACAACCUAUGAUUUCUCCAACCUAACAGACCCAUGUGGUGGUGAAAAAAACUGUACGCUGCUCGACAAAACUGACAUAUCCGUGCUCGGUUGGCGUCACUGGUUUGCGCUGAUCUGCUAUGCGAUAGUCUUCUUGUUGGGCGUCCCUGGCAACGGUCUGGUCGUCUGGGUGACUGGAUUCAGGAUGCCCCGUUCAGUUAAUGCCCAGUGGUUUCUGAACCUGGCCUUGACUGACCUUCUGUGCUGUUUAUCCCUACCCCUGCUCAUGGUGCCACUGGCUCAAGAUUUGCACUGGCCCUUUGGUCCGUUAGCUUGCAAAAUACUUCAUGGCCUACUGUAUCUGUUCAUGUACUGCAGCGUGCUGAUAUUAACGAUCAUCAGUUUGGACCGCUGGCUCCUUGUCACUCGGCCUGCUUGGUGCCAGAACUGGAGGCAGCCGCAUUUGGCUCGUUGGGUCUGUCUGGGUACCUGGGUGAUAGCACUAAUUGGGACCAUUCCCCAGUUCAUCCACAUGAGUGAAACAGUUCAUGGGUCGAAGAAAGUGUGUCUUGGCCAUUACUUAAAUGAGGUGCAUGCUUGGGCCAUGGUUGUGAUGCGUUUCCUGUUUGGUUUUCUUCUACCUUUCCUUAUAAUCAGUUUCAGCCAUUGGGCAGUGUACAAGAGGGCACACAAGAAGAAAAACGAGAGGUCGUCACAUACCUUGAGGGUCAUCCUAGCUGUAGUGAUCACUUUCUUUGUGUGCUGGAUUCCCUUUCAUAUCAUUGACAUCGUUAUGCUUAUAUGGACUAAAGCAGUGGACAAAACAAAGGCAAACCUUCACCUGGCGCAGACAUUAGCUCUCUGCCUGGCUUACUUCAACAGCUGUCUGAAUCCGAUGCUCUAUGUUUGCCUGGGCCGAGGGUUUAGGGAAAGCUUGACUAAGACCCUGAAGAGUGUACUCAACUUUGCUUCAGAGGAGCCAUCUCGAGGACAAAGCAUGACAUUAACCACCAAGAGCACCAUCGACACAAACUAUGGAGAGACCAGAGGUCUCAGUCAAAAAGAGCUUUCUAAAAAAUAGAUCCAAAACAUUGCUCUGCUCCACACACACACACACACACACACACACACACACACACACACAGAAAUAGAUAAACAAAUAGCAAGUGUGUCUGUGGGUCUCACAGAGAGUACAGUACCUGAGCUGCAAUAUCUGAGCUAUAAUGAUGUACCGGAGCAACAGUCGAGGAGCAUACAGAUCUUCUCAAUACAUCACUCUAUACAUCAUACCUGCCUAAAUAUCAUCCAUUUGCCCAUCCAUCCAUCCAUCCAUCCAUCCAUCCAUCCAUCCAUCCAUCCAUCCAUCCAUCCAUCCAUCUAUCCAUCCAUACAUCAAACCAUCUAUCCACCCAACCAUCAAUGGAAGCCUGGAUGAACAGAUGUCUGAAAAAUAGAUGGCUAAAUGGAUGAUGAAAGUCCUACGUCUGGCUGAAUUCUUCCAGCAAUACAAUUUAUAUAUAAAUAAUUGUAAAUCAUUGAUCAGGUGUGUCACGUCGACUCCAGCAACUGUUCCAGCAUGCUUGUAAUUUCAAAUCAUUUUGCUGUUCUCUUUGACUUGAGUGUCACUGUAGGUAAUGUCAAGUCAUGAAGAAAUGAAAACAAAUGUGUUUAUGUGUUUAUGCAGUUCAUGUGUUUAUGCAGCUAAUUUUAACGCAGCUAAUAUGUGAAUAUAUUGCCAUAUAUUAUUUAAAUGAUUCAUAUAGAUAUUAAUAAAUAAAGAAAUAUAUUUUAAUAAAUAUUUCCUCAGUUCUAGUUUAGUUCUACAGUAAUUUCAUUCUGUUAAUAACAUCUUACUCUCACAGCUUAAUGUAUUAUUCAGUCUUUCAGCUUAAUGUAUAUUACUCAGUGACUAGCAGCGCAAUGUAUUCAGCUACACUAUCUUUAACAGUUAUAAGGUUUACGAACGUACGUCUGCGGACUUAACCUAGCAUAACCACCUUUCAGAUUGGUUUGAACUGGAAUCUUAACUUCAUUAGCGCAUUAAAAGGAGACAUUUUACAAUUUCGGUUAAGAUUACAAAAUGAGCACACAGCAAACAGGAUGUUGAGCAAACUCGGGCUCCUGCUUUGACACUUCUUCUAACUCCAAAAUGCAUGCAAAUGUUCUGUAUGUGUUUUAUGGCCUUAUUCAAGUGAUUUAAAAUCUUUAAUUUUUCACUAACCACGCAUAAACAUUGUUUUCUCUAAAAUACAGUCAUGUACAUACGUGCUGCUCACAUAUUAUUGUAGUCCAGUUUAAUUAAAUUCUUCUUAGAAAAUGUUUCUAACUUUAAA